CAUUCUGUAGCAUUCAGGAUGGCAAACUCCCUGACAGUGAAGGAGAAUUACAUUUUCCUGGAAGUCCCAAACAGUUCUAUCAAAACCACCAAUUGUGUGUAUGGACCCUGUUUGUACCAGAAGGGAAGUACAUAUUGCUUCGUUUUUCCCACUUUGAUAUAGAGCCAGAAACGUUUUGUGACUAUGAUUCUUUAUCAAUCUAUUCAAAAGAUGACAGACUUGUUGGGAAAUUCUGUGGAGGAGAUACUCCAUUACCUAUUUUGAUUGGCUCUAAUAGUAUAAGGCUGAAAUUUGUUUCUGAUAAUAAGGAUUAUGGAACUGGUUUUUCCAUGAGCUACAAAGCCCUUACACCAGAUAUUCUUCCUGAUUCUGGCUGUGAGUCCUUAGCUGUCCUUUUUGAAGAAGGAGUGUUACAAAGUAUGCACUAUCCAGAGCACUACAGCAACACAGCAGACUGUCAAUGGAUUAUUUGUGCGCCAGAGGACCAUGUAAUCAAGCUUACAUACCAGUCUUUUGAAGUAGAAGAGAGUGAAGAUUGCUCUUAUGAUGCCGUGACUGUGUAUGAAGAUAUGGGAAAAGAGGAGGAAAUUGCUAAGUCUUGUGGAUUUGCUCUACCUGCACCUGUUCUAAGCUCCUCUGCUAUGAUGCUGGUUGUCUUUCACUCUGAUGAAACAGAGACCUUUGGAGGAUUCAGAGCUACAAUCUCUUUUGUUCAUGUACAAGAUUUAGAUACUUUGGAUUCAACUAGUGAAGAAUUUGAAGAUACAGAUAUGACUGAAGAAGAAACACAAGUGACAACAGGUGAUAUUUGUGGACUGCCUUCAAAUCAGCCCAGGUUCAUCUUCAGUAGGAUAAUUGGAGGUGAAGAAGCUGUACCAUACUCAUGGCCUUGGCAGGUCAGUGUACAAAUUUCAGAUGAGCAUAUCUGUGGAGGAGCAGUUCUUGCCAAAGAAUGGGUUGUCACAGCUGCUCACUGCUUUAAUUCUAAGGAACAAUACAGAGACUUAUGGAUGGUGGUGACAGGACUUCAUGAUCUUACAGAGCAAGAAUACAGACAGAAAAGGUCAGUAAAGCAGUAUAUCAUACAUCCGAGUUUUAACAAGACCACUAUGGACUCUGAUAUUGCCUUGCUGCAACUGGCCGAGCCCUUAAAAUUCAACCACUAUGUGCGCCCAGUGUGCCUCCCUGCCAAGGAGGAGGAGGUUCAGCCCUCGAGGGUGUGUGUUGUCACAGGAUGGGGUGCACAUGAAGAAGACAGAGAAAAGGGGAAAAAACUUUAUCAACUGGAAGUCCCCAUCCUGGUGCUUGACACAUGUCAGAGCUACUACAUAAAUCUUCCCAGUAAAGUGACCCAGAGUAUGAUCUGUGCUGGAUUCCCUCUGGAGGAAGGCAAGGACUCAUGCACAGGUGAUUCUGGUGGCCCAUUAGUUUGUGCUUCAGAAGAUGACUCGGGAUUUUACACCCUUCAUGGAAUCACUAGCUGGGGCUUGGGAUGUGGAAGGAAGAACUACCCAGGAGUAUACACAAAUGUUGGUGUUUUUGUUGACUGGAUCAAGCAGAGUGUUAAUAGUAGUGGUACGUAUGGAAAAAAAAAACAAUUAAAUUCAUCCUUUUGCUAUUGCUAG